CAUCUGUGACAGUAUCAUUGUAGGGGUAGUGAGUUUGUGUAUUACUUUUAUUUUGUUUUGUUGUAAAUAUUUGAUAUCAUUUACGUUUCAAAUAUGACGGAUGAAAAUAUAAAUGUGAGUGAUAAUUCAGACCUAGAAGACGUUAGUACUCCAGAACUACGUGGAUAUUUAAGUAAAUGGACUAACUAUAUACAUGGGUGGCAAGAUAGAUUUAUUGUUUUGAAGGAUUCUACACUAUCCUAUUAUAAAAGCGAGCUGGAGAGCAAUCUUGGGUGUCGUGGAGCCUUAUGUUUGAAAAAAGCCAAAGUCAAGCCACACGAAUUUGACGACUGCAGGUUUGAUGUGUCUGUCAAUGAUUGUGUCUGGUAUUUGAGAGCUACAAAUCCAGAGGAAAAACAACAGUGGAUUGAUGUUUUGGAGUCAUUCAAAGUCGAAUCAGGGUAUGGAACUAACUCAGAUAGUAGUUCUAAUGGAGGUGGUCUUCGGAGACAUGGAUCGGUCACCUCCUUGCAAUCAACGGGAUCACAUGGUCGAACGUCUCGUCGGCUCGCGGAAAAAAUUGCGGAACUCGAAACAUAUACAGAACUACUUUCGAAGCAAGCCCUUCAACUGCAGAACUACUUCGACAUGUGUGUCUCGAUCUACCCUCAAAUACAGGAUGACGCUACGGACGCCAUAGAUGCUGCUAAACUAGCUGACGGAGUGUACCUGAAGCAGCGCACGGAGGAAGUGCGCUCGACGAGCGCGUCGUUCCGCGCGACGUGCGGCGCCACCGUGCUGGCCGUGCAGCACUGCGCCGAGCUGCUGCGGCGCCGCGACAGGCAGGCGCGCCAGGCCGAGGAGCUCUACAUGGCAUUAAAGAACCAACUCACAGAGGCAAGGCUGGCUUCAAAACCUGGUCCAGAUCAUGAGGAAGGGCCGCACUCGACACUACCGGACGACGAGUUCUACGAUGCUGUGGAGACGGGUUUUGACAAGAUGGAAGAGGAGCGGUGCGCGAGAGUCGCUCCGCCCGCUGAAGUCACGCGGGACGAAGUCGAGCUGCCCCCGCCGGCCAUCGACAACCGCCUCACCGUGCACUCCUUGUGGCCUGAAAUCGACCGGAUAUCGACGGAACAGAUCCAAGCGGCAUUCGAGGGUGUCGGAGGUCAGAUCGGGUGGCAGUUGUUCGCCGAGGAAGGAGACAUGAGGAUGUAUAGAAGAGAAAUGGAAAUCGAUGGCAUGGUGAUGGAUCCUCUGAAGGCGAUGCAUAAAGUGCACGGGGUGUCCGCGCGAGAGAUGUGCCAUUACUUCUUCAACCCGCGAUAUAGAUAUGAAUGGGAGACGACACUGGAGACGAUGAACAUAGUGGAGGCGAUAUCGACGGACGCGCUGGUGUUCCACCAGACGUUCAAGCGCAUCUGGCCCGCCUCGCAGCGCGACGCGCUGUUCUGGUCGCACGUGCGCGCCGCGCCGCAGCACACCUACGCCGUCACCAACCACUCCACCACCAACGUCGACUACCCGUCGAACUCCGGCGCCUGCAUCCGGCUGUUCGUGACGGUGUGCCUGGCGUGCCGCACGGCGUGGCCGGCCGGGCAGGCGCCGUCGCGCGACAACAUCACCACCAGCAUCGCCUACUGCAGCACCGUGAAUCCAGGCGGCUGGGCGCCGGCAGGAGUGCUUCGCGCUGUCUACAAGAGGGAAUAUCCGAAGUUCCUCAAACGGUUCACAAAUUACGUGGUCGAGCAGUGUCACGGUAAACCACUAGUUAUAUAGCAACCGGCUACGUAAACCUGAACAUAUAAGCAGGGAAUAUUUUACUCCUAUUAUUAUCCCUCACUCGUGGGGGUUACUUGUUACGGGCAACACUGAGCUAUAGGAGUAGAAAGUGUGCUCGGUCGUUUUCGUUAAUAGUUUUAUUAAAAAUGUAAUCGAUGAAAUAUUAUUUUGUCAUUUGACGUUUCGGAUGUACGUAAAGCAUCCUAUAUUUUACAUAAAAAAAAAACAUCUGAUUAUUUUAUAUUAAAUUGAUAUGAACGUUUGGUUCGUUUCAAUAAUUUUUUUUUUUUAAUGGUGCACAUUGUACUUGGUGUAUGUAACAAUCGCGACCUGUGUACUUGUCAUAUAAUUUAACGUGUAUUAUAUUAUAAUAUGGAAUUAGUGUAAAGAUUUCUCAUUGUACAGAAAUAUGCACAUGUGAGAUGUACUUUAGGUCGAUUAUAUAAAUUCUAAAAAAAUAAAAUAAAAAUACAACGGAAAUAAAAUACAACGGAAAGGUAUUGUUAAUAUGUAUUAGUUAGGGCACUUAUACACUGUUCGUAAUUAUCAUUCAGUUAUAUAAUUACAUAUGUUAUUUUAGUCAGUAAUUAUUAUACACGCAUCUUAGUACCUGUUAAUUUUUGUUUUUUUUUUCUCUCUCAUAAGUUAGCGAUGUGUGGACGCGCCCUAAUUAAACGUGUGAUCUAUCGAAUUGUAUCUAUGUAGAGUAUAGCGAGUGCUGUACAUAUAUAAUAUGUAAAAUAUUGUAUAAAUAGUUUAAAAAAUAAAUUCGAAAUAUAAAAAUGUUAAUAUAUCAACCACGUUUCUAUUCUAUGGAUCUCUUAAAGUAUAGAUAAAAUUUAAUUGAGGGUAGUUGAAGUUUUGACUCGCAUAACUUAAUUAGCACAAACCUUAAAAAUAUUAUGAUUAUUUAAUUGUUUAUUCGUUUACAUACAAUGCCUAUUAAAUUCCGUUGACAUAUUGAAUAUAUAAAAACGGGGAGUUUUUUUACUUAUGAAUAAAUUUCAUACGGUUUAUUUAUAAUAUUUCAUUCCAAUUUUCUACUAUAGUUUCAUAAAUAUAUAAUUUCUGUAUGAAAUUCUUUAUUAUGCAAUAUAUAGGAUGUGUAUGAUCAAUUUUAUUAUUAAAUCUAAGUACUUCAUUAUACUGUGUUACACUGCGUCUGUUAUUAUAAGAUUAAAUUUAUCCUGUCUAGAAACCCUUUGUUUUAUGACGAAAGUAAACAAGAUAACAUCCGAUUUUUUUUUUAAUUCAGAAAUUUAAUUAUAUGUAUUAUUUUUCUGUUUAGUUUUUAUAAUAAGUUCAGUGGGCGUUGUUUACUUCUAUCUCAAACGAACGAGCGAGAAGGGUAUAUAGAUUGCAUUUAUAGCAAUGUUGGAAUUGUAUGUUAUAAAAUGCCUGUUUCUGAACAGAUUUCCAUAUCACCUGGCCUUUUUUCUCAAACUGUGAACGUGUAAAACAUUGAAAUAACAAAUAACAUUUCUAUAAAAUGAAAUAUCUGAGUGAACAUGUUAAAAACACGUGAAUAUAAGGUCUUAUAUAUGGACUUUUGUUCUGAAACAGCCCCUUUAAAUGUUUUUUAAUAAUUAUUGUUUAUAAUAAAACUUUUUAUGGACA